CAGUCGCGCGCGCAUUCGCGCUCUCGACGCGGUGGAGGCGCGUAGACGAUAGCACGGGCGAGGACCUCUCGGGGGAUCCCCGGCUUUUCUCGAAUUGUGUAAACGGGCCUGUGCGCGCUGUGUGUGAUCCGCGUAAAAAUUCGCCGGAUCGGCACUCUCGUAUAAGAGAGAGAGAGAGAGAGAGAGACCUCGAGGUUGCGGGUUCGGCGGGCUCGACUCGAGAAGAAGAAGAAGCGGAUGAGGAGCGAGCCACGGGCGAUAUUAAUCGUUACGCAACGAUUCAAUAACUCAAGCCAGGCUUACGAGUACUCAAGGGCUAAGGGUGUUCGACACGGCGCUUACCUUCGUUUUAUGCGCGUGAUCAUCUUCACGAAGUGCUCGUUUGGUCGCUCCCCAACACCCCACACUGAACACUCUCUCUCUCUCUCUCUCUCUCUCUCUCUCUCUCUCUCUCUCCAGUGUAAUAAAGAGCUCGAGGUAAUCAGUCGCGUCCCGAGGGCGAUUGGCGAUUAUUCCGCGGCCAUGGCGGUCGAUAUUCUGGACGAGGAUCACCUCGCCGUGAGCGCGAUCGUCACGGUCGGCAUGCAGCUGAUCUUCUUCACGAUCGCCGCGACCUUCCAACUGGACAAGUUGACGGACUUCGCCGGCGGCACCAACUUCAUCAUUCUCGCCCUCCUCACUUUCUUUCUCGGUCAAGUGGGCAAGACGUACGACAGCCGGCAGGUCAUGGUGACCGUGUUCGUGUGCGUGUGGGGCGUGCGGCUGUCCGGGUAUCUCCUGUACAGGAUCGUCAAGAUAGGUCGCGACAAGAGAUUCGACGAUCGGCGCAGCAACGUCAUCCGCUUCGCCGUGUUCUGGACGUUCCAGGCCGUGUGGGUGUACGUCGUCAGUCUGCCUGUGAUAAUUAUUAAUUCUCCGCGUCACAAGAUACCGCCCGCCCCGAAGACCAUGACGACGCUGGACAGCGCCGGCACGGGGAUGUUCGUGAUCGGCUUCCUGGCCGAGACCUACGCCGAUCUGCAGAAGUUCGCUUUCAAGCAGGACCCGGUGAACAACGGGAAGUGGUGCAACGACGGACUCUGGAGACUGUCGCGCCACCCGAAUUACUUUGGCGAAAUCGUCGUCUGGUGGGGAAUCUUCGUGAUAUCCUUGAACGUGAUUGAGGGCGCGGAAUGGGUGGCUAUCGCCUCGCCGAUCUUCACCACGUUUAUCAUCUUAUUCCUGUCGGGCAUGCCGUUGUUGGAGAAAGCGUCGGACGAGAGAUACCGGGACAACGCGGAGUACCGCUAUUACAAGCAGUCGACGUCGCCGCUGAUCCCGAUACCGCCGUCGAUCUACGUGGAGGUGCCGCGAUUCCUCAAGUUCAUCCUGUGCUGCGAGUUCCCGCUGUACGACUCCCUGGACGCGAAGCCGCGCUCGGCCGUCACCGAGUCGACGUCCAUCAGCUUGGCAGCGUCCACGUAGCUGUAACCACACGCCGGACGACCGAAUUCAGAGUCCGGCGUGCACACGACGACCACAACCACGGCCAGUACCGCCUUCUGAGCGCGCCUUCCGCCGCUUUUUUUGGCGCGACAACUCCUCCCCCCCGUCUUGUCUGUCCUUUCCGAACAACUACUAUGCUAUGAUCCUGACAUGGCCGAUUCGCGAUCCUUCCACGGACACACGUUUCCCUCUCAUGGCGUCGGCAUUAUAUUAUACGGGGUGUCGCGGCGCGAGCGUGUUCAAAUGAGCGCUACCGAGUCACUUGUGGCAUUGUGGACGGACACCGUUCGCGAAGCGGGUCCUUCUCUUCAGGAUAGAACGGAUCACCGAGGCGAAGUAUUAUUUUUGUAAGUCCUGAAAGUCCCCGCCGCGCGCGACGGCCGUUGAGAGCGAGCGAGCGGUGACUUCUUCACGGUGACUUCUCAUGCAGGACAGGAGUGCAGAUACGAGAGAAAGAAAGAAAUAGGAGGAGGAAGGGAAGAGGAGGAGAAGGAGGAGAGAAAAAUUAUUUUUGUAGCGAUGUUGUACGAAUAUCGAUUGUAAAAGUUGGCCCGUUGACCAAUUCGAGCGUCCCUCCUGCACGACGAAGUCGCCGGGAUGGCAAUCUGAUCUCUACGCGCGUAUUUGAAUUAUUCUUUUAACAAUGCAGAAUCGACUAGCUUGAGACGAGAUGUACUUCGUGUUCGAAGUGGCGAAUUCGGAUUCCGAGGCGCCAAGGCGUGUCGCUCUGUGUAUUCUGGGCGCUCAGCCGCCGGUUGGAGAACCAACGAUACGAGGAUACGCAGUCGGCGGUUUAAAGAUCGAGGCGCUCUUUCUCCGACGAGUUUCGCAGCCCGCCACUUCUGCCUGGGUCUGUUCUUUGUCGGUGAACUAGUGCACACUUUCGGAACUUAAAGAUAAACAAAUAUAUAGUUGUAACUUUGUGUAAAAAAAAAGAGAAAAGUAGAACUAGCGCAAACUAGUGCAGCUGGUUCAUCUAUAAAGAAUAGAUCAUAUGUGAGGAAACGCUUAGCGAAACUUGCUCGAAAAAGUGUUGCAACAUUUAACCCGCCGACUGUGCGCGCACGAUGCUCUAAAAGCGAUCUUCGCUGACGCGGAUUAGGCUGUCAUUCGUUUUUCACGUUUGUUGUUGACUAACAAGAGAAAAGUCUAUCUAUCUUAAAUAACGCAUGAACAAAAUCGAAAUCUAAUCGAGCUUCGAGCUCGUUAGCUACGAUACCGGGAAUAAAGAGCAACGACAGUUCGCGUUCUUAACUUAAUUGACUUCGUUAAUUGAUAGCGACAAAGUUCUAAAGUCGGCAUGGAUUAUAACGAACGAUCUGACGAUUGACACUGUGCGGAUUCGUUGUAAGUCAAACGAUUGGCCGAAGGAAAGACAGUAUUCCGAUUCUCGCCGAAGUACGGAGCGAGUAAGAAACAAUGUACAUCGCAGCAGGAGCGAGAGCGAAUGCAACCGAAAUCUCAUCGCGUUACGAUUGCUGCUCGUUCCGUUAGCGCGUCACAUAGGACGCUUUUACGAGGUAGACGUGUUUAGAUGCGACGCACCGAUACAACGGUGACGUCUACCAUCGCGGGGAAAAAAAUCAUACAUCAAAUUUGCUCAUAUAUGACUAUAAUAUAUAAUCCGUGUAUGUCUGCAACGGGAAAAUACCGUUACAAAACAAUCGAAGUAAAUGCUUCCGGCUACUUGUGCUUCUGACAGCACAUGACAUUUAAUUAAAUGACAUAACAUCAUCUUUUUUCGUAUGGAUAUAUAUGAUCAUAUAUGUAACCACAUAUAUGGGCAAAAUUCAUAUAUGAUUUUAUAUAAUUAUAUAUAAUUAUUUUUCCCCCGGGAUGUGCCUUCGCAAGAUGGUAGAGCCACGUUACUGUCGUUUCUUCACCGAUCUUUUUCUCUCUCUCUUUCACGCAUCCGGCCCAACGUCGAUCGAAUCAUCGACGUGCUGCUUUCAUCACAAUUAGGCAUGCCCAUUAGGAGAAAUUAGAAGUAAAUGAGACUUAGUAACACAUGAAAUUAGCGAGAAAAAGUCGGGCCGUGAUUGUCGUGAACACGUAGACGUAAAAACACAAAAAAAAGGGAGAGAAAACGCGGCAAUCUUCACCUUGUCGAAACGAAGCGGCGUGUUUCAACAAUGUGUAGAGAGCGCGAAUGAGCUCUCGUCCAAUCUCUAGGAAGAUUCGAGAUGACGGGUGUGUCCCGUUCUUAUUGAAAAUCGAGAGAGCUUUCAAUCGUAUUAUUGAGAUCUUAGCAAUAUUAAUAAACAUAUCUGUGCCGAGAAUAGAACACGUCCUGAUAAGAGAUACGAGACAAAGAUAAAAAGUACAUAAAUUACGAGAGAAAUCGACGAUGAGCGGAACGCACACUUGGAGUAAUAACGCAGACGAGCGACGCGAUGAGCGAGACGGAUCUCCCUCGGGGAUCGACGAUCUAAAAGAUGUUACUUCUCCAUUUCUUCACUGUUAUUGUAAGUCUUCAAAGUUUAGAUAAUAAAGAACGAUCGACUCCUUUAAUGGUUGUGCAUUUUCAUUUCGAAUACGUCGGACGAUACACACGAUAAUAUCGAACGCAAGUCACACUCUGACAAUGUCUCUCCUCUUUCUCUCUCUCUCUCUCUCUCUCUCUCUCUCUUUCUCUCGGGUGCGACGCGGCGGAGGUCGAACGGUGGAUCGCACAAUGAACGCUUUAACAAAUCCCAUAAAGUUCGCUUUAUAUUUAUAAACACAUUUUAUUUGUUCGUAUGUAUAUCGUUAAUAAAUGGUGAUAUAAUAAUGACAAUGAAAUGUAUAGCGCCGAGGAUAAAUUCAUCAUAUUAUAAUAAUUAUUAAUAUUCCUCUUACAAUAAUCUUACUGUAUUGGGUGUCUACCUACUGUGCUUGCAACGUUAUGGUCUUGUCCGAAUGUUUAUUUUUUUCUUCUCUCUCUCACCAUUCAUCUAGUUUAAUAUUAUUUUACUCGUACGUAAUAAUCCAUAAUAAUGUAACCACAGGUGUAUGUGUGUGUGUGUGUGUGUGUGUAUGAGUAUGUGUGUUGUGUGUGAAAACAUAUUUGCGCCGUCCUAAGUAUAAACAGCAUCGUCCGCUAAUCCUUUCUUCCUUCUUUUUCUUUUUUUUCCGUGUUUACCGUUUUUUCUUUACGUGAUUCAUAAUCGUUAUCAAUAAUAUAGUAAGCUACUUAAAUGUAAUAUAUCUUGUGUCUUCGUGGAAUAUGUUUCAGCUGCCGUGCGCAGCGUCGUAGAAAAACUUCAAUUCCCGUUAUACAUCAAAUGUCGAUUUUCGAUGCAUGAAAGACACUUUGUAUUACACGCAAGGUAAUUUUUUUUUUCUUUUUCCUUGAACGUCCGAAAAAUUCGUAUUCAAUAAAAUACUUGGGCAGCACAGCGUUCCGAGAGAGUACCAAGAGAAAAAAGAGAUCAAAAAAUUACCUGUGCCUCUCCUCGCUGGAAAAAAGAAACGUCGAGGGGGGUAGACAGAGCAAAGGGAUCGCGGGUGGUGGAAGGUAGAGGGGGGGACGGGAGAGGAACGGGGAACUGGAAGGAGGGGGAAGAGGA